AAAGUUUCCUGUCUCCCAACCAAUUGUGGAAAAGACUCUUCCAUUACUUUCCUCUCUCCUUCUCUCAUUCCUCUUUAUUUUCUCUUCUUCUGUCCCACUUUCACAUUCUGCAGGAAGAGAAAAAGAAAGUUUGGUGGUAGAGAGAAAGAGAAAGGCCAUGGGGAGAGGUAAGAUUGAGAUCAAGAGGAUAGAGAACACAAGCAACAGGCAGGUCACAUAUUCUAAGAGAAGAACUGGGAUCAUGAAGAAGGUUAAGGAGAUCACUGUUCUCUGUGAUGCUCAUGUCUCUCUGGUCAUCUUCGCUAGUUCUGGCAAGAUGCAUGAGUACUGCAGCCCUUCUACCACGUUGAUCAAAAUGUUGGAACGAUACCACAAGGCGUCUGGAAAGAAGUUGUGGGAUGCUAAGCAUGAGAAUCUCAGCAAUGAAAUUGAUAGAAUCAAGAAAGAGAACGAGAACAUGCAGAUUGAGCUCAGGCACUUGAAGGGGGAAGACAUCACAUCUUUGCAAUACAAAGAGCUUAUGGCAAUAGAGGACGCCCUUGAAAUCGGGCUUUCUAAUAUUCGCAACAAACAGAUGGAGUUCUUCACGAUGAUGAAAAGAAAUGAGCAAAUUCUGGAGGAGGAGAAUCAGGAGCUGAUGAAUGUCUUGCGCCAACAAGAGUUGGUAGCCAUGGAAGCUAAUGUGAGAGAGUCUCAUGGUGGAUACCAUCAGAGAGUGAGAGACUACCAGACUCAGAUGCCUUUCGCCUUUCGCGUCCAGCCGAUUCAGCCGAACUUGCAGGAGAGGCUUUAGAGCUGUGAGUGCUGUAUCUAAGCUCUCUGCCUAGGUUUCUUCUGAGAAAACCUUUAAUGUUUCAUGGUUUGAGAUCUUUAACUCCUUAAGCAAGUAACUAUGGGUGCAUUUUGUAAUAAGUUAAACUUAGGGUUUAAACAAUCAAUACUCU